UCUCGCCAGUCAUCCUCUAUAAAUUCCUGUACUGAAUCCUUCGAGUCUCUUGGGCUCUGAAUACUCCUUGCUGUGGUCCGAUACAGCGAGGAUCCAUGGCUUUUGAUCUUCGCUCGUUGUGAUCAUAAGAAUGAAGAGCGCUGCCCCGGAUGGAGUACACCAUCCGAGGGCGCUGUGGGCAGGACGGAUGCCGUGAAAGACGGUAUUAUCUGGAUGAGGGCCUCUGGUUCUGUAAACAAGGUCAUCAACAAGAGGGCCGGCAAGUCGAAGCAGAACAGGAGCAAUUUGGAACGCAGGGCAAGACCAAUCGAAUUAAGAAGGUGGCUGCUGAGAAAGGCCGCAGGACGUAUCGUGGUCGUCGCGCUUACACGCUCUUCUUGCAAGCUUAUCAGUUUAUUCUCUGGAAGCAAUGCUAUGCUUUGGUCCAGGACCGGGGGUUUCCAGCACAAUUCGAGUCUGUGAUCCGUGAUCUGUGGGCCCUUCGAUUGGAAUUAUAUUCCGAUAAAAUCAAAGAAAUUCCAGAGGGAGAUGAUGAGCUCGAACUUUUCAGCUCGCAACCAGGCACUGAUGUUGAGAGUGAACCGGAAGACUUUAAACCCAAAUCGCACUGGCCCAGGCUGAUUGACACUGUGGCCCUUUGUUACUUGGGGGCUCUACUGAUGAGAAUCCCCGUCAGUAUCUGUGAUCUACACCGGAUGGUUGUUCGCGGCGAUAUUCCCUACAUCCGAGUGAUAAAGCAAAUCCCUCGGGAAAUGAGAGACAAGCUUCCCCAGGAAUAUAUCUCAAUUAUUGAGACUAGCAGGCUCGUCGAAGCUGAACAACUCCAUAAAGCCGUAUUGGAGCUGUCGCUUCUGUACCAUCACAAGUUUGGCGUACAAUUUCCGCCACUGAACCAUCCGCCCCUCUUGUAUCGAUUUAUCAAAAGACUCGCACUUCCCAUUGAAAUACACCCUGCUGUCAAACGACUACAACCUCUUUUAAGUUUCGACUUCAAGUAUCCAACACAAUCUCUUGGUAAAAAGAGGGCUAUAAAUCUCCCUGAACUUCAACUAAUGGCUCUCAUUGUCAUUUCCACAAAACUUCAUUUCCCCUUUGACUCCAUAAAAAGAUACCCGAGCUCAGCCCAAGAACCUACGACUCAAAGUAUUGAUUGGAAUAUUUGGGCUCAAGCUCAAAGAUACUUUGACAGUCAUGAAACUUCUGGGGGGAAGAUCGGGAAGGGAAACGAGAUCCUGGUGAAAGAAAAUGAGGUGUUCGACAUGGCACCCAAUCAACUCGAUGAGUACAUGGAUUGGUACGAGAACAGCUGGCUGGACAGCAGUAAAGCGAAAAACCCAUUAGCCGAUCUGUUCCCCACGAGCCUCGCGCCCGGAGAAAGCCAGUCUACGGCUUCUGCGGCAGCGGCGGCGCAAGCACCAGAACCAGCACCAGCACCAACAUCUAAAGAAGACGAGAAUGAAGCGAUGAGCUCGAUGGUACAGACAGUCACUGGCCAAUUAAAGCCCCGCAGGAUAAUCUCCGAAGAUGGAGCACAUGUUCCUCGUCCGGGCACCUCGUAUUCGCGUUAUCGGAUGGAAUCUGAUCUACCAGAGACCGCAAGAUCAUUCUUCGAAACAGCGGCUAAGGUUGUUGGGGUAUCCCUCCCUACUCUGGUUAGGGUUGUCUAUCAAGCGGAAACACGGAUUUCUCGUUGGCUGGAAGAUCAGAGGCGAAUCGAGUAUUACGGGGAUCCUUCGGAAAUGAAUGAUGUUGAGGAUGCCAAUUCUGAUGCUGCGGAGGAAAUUGACGACCAUUUUAUGGCCGAUUGAGAGUCAGAACAAAUUUCGAUUUGGGCAAAUCUUGUUAGCUGUACACAGGAAGGAUAAAUGUUGACGUGACCCCGACUUGGGACAAUACAAUAUAAUGAACGGUUUCACAUUUGCGGC